GCGGUCUAGUUGCUGUGCUCUCUCUCUCUCUGUAAGAUGGCGAUGCGAGCUCUGAGCGGAGUGCGGCUCGGACUGAGGACCCUGGGAACCCCGGCCUGCCGCCUGCCAUGGAGGGCGAGCUCGGCACGGAGCCUGGCUACCGGAUCACACUUACUGUCCGCUCGCAAGUUCACAGACAAACAUGAAUGGAUUUUAGUUGAAAACGGAGUUGGGACAGUUGGAAUCAGUAAAUUUGCUCAGGAAUCAUUAGGAGACGUGGUUUACUGUGGUCUUCCAGAAGUUGGAACUAAAUUGAAAAAAUUGGAGGAGUUUGGGACAUUAGAAAGUGUUAAAGCUGCUAGUGAACUUUUUUCUCCAUUGACGGGACAAGUCACGGAAAUAAACGUUGCGUUGGCGGACAAUCCAGGCUUGGUAAACCAGUCGUGCUAUGAUGAAGGAUGGUUAAUCAAGCUGACUGUGGAUGAGCCCUCUGAACUGGAUGACCUUCUGACGGAAGAUGCAUAUAAGAAAUACGUCAAAUCACUUGAAGAGUGAGCUCUUUGUAGACUGUGUCCCAGGUAGAAGUCUUGUAUAGGUGCAGAGUAGCCGUUUAUGGACGGUCGCCAACUUGCUGCCAGUGGAAAUGUCAUACCACCACCAAUAACUCCUUUAUUUUUUAAAUUUUAUUUUAAACCAACUCUCCCUCAACACUCUCGUGUUAGAAAAAAGACAUAUUUGAAAAGUUGCAGGACUUUCCUGCCUAACAAUUUGCACACCUGCAACCUUUUUUUCAUGACUUCUUCAAUUUACAGUAAAAAAAAAACAAAAAAAAAAACUAACCUUUUAUAAACCUUCAUUUUUGCAACUUUUUUCUGCUGCUAGUAUCGGCGACAGAAGGAUUUGCCUGGAUGGCUUUCAAGCAAGCCACAAAUGAAGGCUAGUCCUUGUGUGCUGGACUGAUUACUUUCAGAUACAAGUGUUCUCCCACUAUUGGAAAUCUGUGUCAACACUAAUCAAGGUUUAGAAACAUUGUUUUUCUUGCUGAUGUUUCCAAGGAUAAUACUUUAUAAUAAAUACAAAUGAAUCAACAA